AUGGAGUCUCCUGCGAAAGGUGAUUCCAGACAGGGGCUAAAAGGGACCCAAAAACAUUUGGAGUUUCAGCUGCAGCGUGAGAAAGCUUACACUCGUGAGCUUGAGGAAAAAGUUAAGUUACAACAAGCACAGAUAGCUACUCUCGAACAAGACAAAGCUGAGCUACGUAGAGAAAAGUUAAUGCAUACGGACGACGACAAGAAGCGGGGAAAAUUAGAGGAGAGGUGUCACACCCUGCAAAAGGACUUAUCCGAAAAACAAUCUGCAUUGGUUGCUGAGCAGAAGCGCGCGGCUAGGGCUGAAUGUGAGAAGGAGCAAAUUCGUCGUGACGCUCAUGCUUCUAUAGCCAAGUGGUGCGACGCAGAGAAACAAUGGAUCACCGAGAACGAAACCAUUCAGAGACAACUUGAAGAAUCAAGGACUGCUUAUUCGAAGUUAGCGGAUGAAUUCAAGGAGUUGAACGUCACACUGAAGGAAGUUCAGAAGCAGUUACAGAGGGAGAAGGACCACACAACAAAAUUGGAGUCAUUAUCGCACGAGGGGGAAAAGAAGAUAACUUUGUUACAUUCCCGUAUCGAGGCAUUGCAGAACGAUGUGCAUACGCGCGACGAAACUGUUUUCAAGUUGGAGGAAGCAAAAUCCAAGUGGGAAGAGGUUUGUCAUGUGAAAGACAACGAGAUAAAGUCUCUCGAAGUACAGUUAGGAAUGCAGAAGAGCACGAUUGAGAAGCUGCAAAACACCGUCUCCACACUGAACCAGCAAAUCGAGGCGGCAAAACUGAUCAACAUUGAAGAAAAAGGUCGUGUAGAAAAGGCAAACUGUGACCUACGAGAAUCCGAAAAAGGAAACAAGCUGCUUAUGAUGGAGCUGGAAACAAUGCGUCGUGAUUUUGAGCAUGCUUCUGAAAAUUCUUCCAAACACCAAGAAGUUAUUGUAGAAUUGAGGUCGAAGAUUUCGGCGCUAAACGAUCAGGUGAUAGAGAAGUGCGCUGAGUCUCGGAAGUAUGAACUGUCUGUCAGUCAACUGAAGGCUGAUGUGAACCGUCUUGAACAAGAACGUACCGAUAGCAGCCGAAGAGCCGCAAUAUUGGAAAGUAAUCUUCAAGAGCUUCGAAGUGCGCUCGAACGAACAAGGAUGGAUUUGGAGAGCGUCGUUAGUGCAAAAAGUUUCUUGGAGACCGAAUUCCAGCGAGUGAAGAGUAUGCAGGAUACGAAGGACGAAAAUUUGGUACUCAUGCGGGUGGAUUACGAAGAAAAAAUUGAUUCUCUGCGCCGUGAGGCGAAAGAUCUUACGUCUGAAAUUGACGCCAGACGAGGGGUAAUUGACAAGUUGACAGGUCAGUUAGGUGAAGCUAAUGCAAGAAAUGAGGACCUCUAUCGCAAGGUUAUGCAGAGUUCUGAAUUUUCUACCCAGCUACGUUCUGCCACUGAAGAAAUGCAGCUGAAUAACUUCAUGCUUCAGGUAAAGGUGCUUGAGCUCGAAGAACAGGCUGCCAGGUGGAGUCUGUCUAAAGAGUCUGCUGAUGAAAACCUUGAUAUUCACGGCAUUCUUGUCGUCAAUAUCGAUACUGCAGUGACACAUUUCUACGAGGAGACAAACUUACUAAAAAAGAAAGUUGAGGAGUUGACUCAUCAAAAAGAUACGGAGAUAUUACGUCUAUCAGAGGCGCGGCUGCGUUUGGAAGCUGAAAGAAGUACGUUGAUACGGGGAAAAGAGGAAUUGGUUGAGGAACUAAGGACGAAGGAGGCAGAAAUUCUAGACCUCCAAGAGGGUGCACGACGAGAUAAAGAACAACUUUUUCUCCUGGGGAAAGAAAUUGAAAGGGAGAAUAUCAAUAAUGAAGACCGCACCGCUAACCAAAAGGUUCUUUCUGACAAACUCAUCGAAACAGAAAACCUUUUGCGUGAGGCUACUUUGUACUCUGAAGACCGAAUGAGAUUGUCACAGUGGAUGGCGAAUUGGUUAGAACACUUCUCACGUUUUUUUGUAGAUAUUGUUGACCAAUAUAGCGCACUGACAGUUGAGAAAACGCUUGCUGUGGCAGAGGAAUAUCGUGUGUUAUACACGAACAAGAACGACGAACUGCUGCGCAGACUAAGUCACCUGGAAAAGGUGCGAAGAAACGCCGAGGACAUGUGUUCUCACCUUGAGCUCAAGUUGAGGGAAAUCGAAUCACGUGUUGAGGGAAGUGAGAAACUUCUUGUAGAGCAGAGGGAAGGUCUUACGAGGAAAAUUAACGUCGCUGAGAAUGAAAAGGAGAAAGCUGAAAAGAACAGUGAAAACCUCAUGGAGAAGAUUAGUGAUCUAUCGCGGCAGCACGCUGCCGAUAUUCAGAAGAAAGACGAUCAGGUGAGAGAGCUUUCCCGCUUACUAGAUACUGAAAAGCGUAACGUUGACGAGUUGGAGCAGAGAACCCAGAAGCUCCGAAGUAAGCUUGACUACGAAAUUUCCCGCAAAGGAGAGUAUAAGAAGGCUCUGGAAGCAGUAAAGGCUAAACGCGAAGAAACGGAAUGUUUCAGAGCUAAAGAAAAGGAUUGGGCAAUGAAGGCGAUACAUCGAGCCAACGAAGAAGUGAAUUACUGGAUCAAGAGCUUUGAACAACUUAAGGGGAUGCUAGAGGAUAUGUCAAGAAAGUCCGGUGCACAAAUCACAGCCGUUGACAAGGCGAAAAUACAACAGAUGGAAGUUGCGUUGUGCAGAGUAAGUGUGAGGGAACCAAACCUGAUUUCAAACCUCUGUGACGAGGGAAAUUGUGGUGCAAAGAGGCAAAGAUCGAAUUAG